AUGUCAUUAAUGAAUCGAUCUCAUAACUUCACAUUGGUUCGUAACAUUCCAGCACAGAGAUUACCAGAAAAUAGAUUUGGUAUUACUCUGGUUUGGCUUGAAAAUAUCUCGUGUUCAUCAUGUGAUGACAAUCAAAUUCGAUUGCAUAGUUUUAGCAAUAGAUGUUUUAUUGUUUAUUAUUCAAAUAUAUCGAAAUGUAUUAAAUACUUGAAGCGAGUUCGAUCACGUGAAUAUGUCAUUGCUAUUAUUGUGUCUUAUCCCAUGGAAUCAACUCAACGCAUUAUUCAUCGACUUCAACAACUUGGUGUUAUUCAGACAAUAUUUGUUGUUUACUCCGUUAGUGAUCCCGAUAAUCAUCUGUCGUUGAUAGCCGAUAAUUUUCAUGUUUUUCAAAAUCAUGAAUUAAUGUUUGAACUUUUAGAAAAACGAAUUCAAGAAGUUGAAGAACAAAAUUUGAAUGGGGGUUUAUUUACCACGUUCUAUCGAAAAGAAAAGUCUCUGAAAGAUGUUCGAGAGGAUUUGGCGAUAUUUGCUUGGACUCAUGUAUUCAAAGUUCUAUUGAUGAGUAUGCCUCGUGACUCACUUGAGGCUAAACGUCAAAUGUUAAGUGAAUGCCGAGCUUACUAUCGAAAUGAUGCUGUUCGAUUAGCUCAAAUCAAUGAAUUUGAACGCAAAUAUCAAUCAAAAGAUGCCAUUUGGUGGUAUACGAAACCUGGAUUCUUAUUUUAUCUCGUUAAUAAAGCUUUACGCAGUCAAGAUAUUUGGGUUCUGUAUAAAUUUCGUUAUUUUAUUAUUGAUUUAUGCUGUCGCUUGGAAGAAGUUUCCAGUUCACAAUCUUUUUCAUCAAUUCGUCUUUAUCGUGGAGCAAAACUUAAUCGCGAUGAACUCAAACAUCUCCAAGUUGGUUGUCUUGUAUCAACUAAUGGAUUUUUUUCAUGUUCAUCUGAUCGUAAUGUAGCAGAAAUGUUUAUUGGUACUGAUCUUGUAACUGAUAGAUCUUCAAGUCGCGAUCGAGAUGCAUGUCAACAGUUCGUUUUAUUUAUUAUUGAUGUCAAUCGUAGAACAUCUACGAAUAUAGUUGUAGCAGAUGUCAGUCAUGAAAGUGAAUUACCAGAUGAAAACGAAAUGAUUUUUAAUUUCGGAUCGACAUUCAUUAUCAAUGAAAUUUGUUUUGAUAACGAUAAAUGUAUAUGGUUGAUUCAAAUGAGUUCUUCUUCAGACAAUGCUCGAAUCAAUGAUGAACAGGAGAAAUAUACUCGUGAACGUCUUCAACACAUCAAUCCAACUAUCAUGUUCGGCCAUGCUUUAGCUGACACCGAUAGUGAUUUUAGUCAAUCGAUGAGUUAUUUUCAUCGUUUACUCAGAAUAUUACCCAUCGAUCAUAUGGAACGACCCAAUAUUUAUUAUUAUUUAGGACGCAUUUAUCGGUUUAUCGAGAAAUUCGAAGAAUCUCUCAAUUGUUUUCGAUGUGCUCGACUACUUGUUCGUCGUCUUUUACCAGAGAGAAUGUUUGAUUAUUGUCGUAUUUUAGGUGGACUUGGUACUAUCUAUUCACACUUGGAAGACUCUGAACGAGCAUUAAAAUUACUUACACAAGCUUUAAUGCUUCAGAAGAAAUCACUGCCGAAAAAUCAUACAGAAAUUCCAUUUCAUUUGAAUCGUCUUGGUCAUGCUUAUUUCAAAGUCAAACAGUAUGAUCUUGCACUUUCAAUUCUCGAUAGUGCUGAAAACUUUUUCCAGACAAAAAUGCCUAUUGCCCAUCAAGGAUACGCUCACACUUUGCACACGAUGGGUUUAGUGUAUCGUGCUCUUAGUGACGAUAAAAAAGCAGUGAUCUAUUUUCAAGAAGCACUGCGUAUACGAUAUGCUUCACUUGUUCAAGUCAAUUCUCAAAUAACAAGACCUGAUAAUGGUAUUUGUGCAAGAGCGAAAUGGGCACAGAAUGCUACCACUGUAGCCGGCGGUCAUGGUCAAGGAUCUGAACUUAAUCAGUUGAAUUUUCCUUAUGGAUUCUUUCUCGAUGAUAAUCAAACUAUUUAUGUAGCAGAUUCCGCUAAUCAUCGUGUGGUCAAAUGGGAAUGCGGUGUUUCAAAAGGCCAGUUAAUCGCAGGUGGAAAAGGAACAGGAGAUCGUGAAGAUCAUUUGUAUAAUCCAUCCGAUGUUGUUGUGGAUAAAGAUGGAACAAUAUAUAUUAGUGAUUAUAAAAAUCGGCGCGUACAGCGUUGGUCUCCAAAUGCUCAAAGUGGACAAACAAUUAUUGGAGAUAUAUCUGCCUUUGGCAUAGUAAAAGACGAUCAAGGAUCACUUUAUGUGUCGGACUUCAGGAAGGGUGAAGUGAGAAAAUGGCGUAUGGGUGAAACGGUCGGACAAGUGAUCAUUUCAGAUUUGAGUCAGCCGUCCCUCAUGUUUGUUGAUCGGAAUCGAUCUGUCUUUGUGACUGAGACAGGCAGUUCUAUAGUGACAAAAGUGGAUGAUAGGUCAACGAGAAUGGAAAUUGCUGCAGGCGCAUUAUACGGUGAUGGUGACGAUGAAUUAGCAUCCCCAAUGGGUGUUAUUGUCGAUCAAUUGGGUACGGUCUAUGUGGCUGAUUCUGAGAAUAAUCGAAUAAUGCGAUGGCCACGUGGAGCUAAAUCUGGUAGUCUUAUUGCUGGUGGUCAUGAGCAAGGUUCCCAAUCUGAUCAACUUAAUUAUCCCACUGAUUUAUCAUUCGAUCUUGAUGGAGAUCUCUAUGUGAUGGAUAAUAGAAAUCAUCGUGUGCAAAAAUUUGCUAUUGAUAAGAUAACUGCACAAGGUUGUGGUCCUAAUGAAAUCCAAGUUAAUUGUGCUUCAUUACAAUCGUGUCAACCAACUUGUGAAAAACCUCAGGGAAUGUUAUGUCCACGUGUUUGUGCUAUAAAUUCAUGUGUAUGUAAGGAUGGUUUUGUACGAGAUGAUGAGAAUAAUUUACAAUGUAUUGAACAAACACAGUGCCAUACAAGAAACGUGACAGAAGCUCCCAUAUGUGGUGAAAAUGAAGUAUAUAGCAAUUGCACGAAUCCAUGUCAACCAUCAUGUGAAGAACCAAAUCGUGAACCUUGUGAAACUUUACGCUGUUCAGAAGGUUGUGUAUGUAGCAAAGAUUAUCUUCGUGCUACAAAUGAUACGACAAGUCCAUGUAUCAUAUGUACUAAUUAA